CAGUGUUUAUUUAUGGCUGUCAUAAUAUAGAGUGGUUGAGUAAUUUGUGUAAUCGUUAUUUGUUUAUAAAAAUGGCAAAAGACUGUGUAAAAAUCUAAGAAUGGGUGCAAAAGAUUCAAAAAGGAGUUGUUUAAGCUAUGAGGAUGCAGUCAAACGGAUGUCAGAAGCAGAAUUGAGGCGAGUAUGUGAAGCUUUUAAGCGGCUAACUAAUGGAGGCACCCUCCUAGGCCAAUCUGUGUUCGCCCAACAUGUCCUAGGAGAUGGAGUGCCUCCUCCGAUAGUCGAGAGGUUAUACAUAGCGUGUGGCGGAGGUCCAAGAGGAAUCGGUCUUAGAGAUCUUAUAUGCGGUUUAGUAUUGCUUACUAAAGGCUAUCAAGAUGAAAAGAUCAAGUUUCUUUGGACUCUUUACUGUAAUGACUCCGGAACGUACAUUACAAGGAGUGAGUUCCACGCGGCCCUCCAGAUUGAGGGAACGCUACCGCCCUCUGAUGGCGGCACAAUUAAACCAAAUAUUAGCUGGGACAGGACUAUUAUGUCCCUUUUUGGAGUGGGACAGGAUAAGGUUGGAUUUGAGGAUUUUAAAGCAUGGAUCAAGUAUAAUAAGGACUCGACUAUUUUGUCUAAAUGGCUAUUGUCGAAUCCUUGCGUGUCCCUCAGUUCCGAAGUGGAAACCCCUACUUUCUACCAAACAUUGGCGGGAGUAACUCAUCUGGAAGAGCAAGAUAUUUGUGAGUUAGAAAAAUGUUUCUGGCAGAUCCAGAGUUCCUCGGUAACUGGACAUUUGGAUUUUAAUUGUUUGCUCUCGCUAGUUUGUCCUCCGGUGCCUCCUAAAGCCUGUCGUGGUUUGUUUUUGGGGCUUGACGUUAACCGAGAUGAACACAUCGACUUUAAAGAACUAUGUUGUGGAAUAUCAGCGGCAUGUCGAGGCCCGAUGGCCGAACGGAUGAAAUUUUGCUUUAAAAUCUUCGAUAUGGACCGAGAUUUAUAUUUGAACUCAGAAGAACUGGAAAAUAUGAAACAAACGUUGCUGUUUAUCGCGAACGAAAAUAAGCUGACUUAUGCUCCCCAGUUUUUCAUCGAUCAGCCUCAUACUAGCGAAAGUGAUCCGAAUCAUACUAAGGCUUUGGAUGCUUUGAAUAAAAAAGUGGACAAAAAAAGUGGCCUGACCCAGGAGGACUUCUUAAUGUGGGCAGUGGAAGACAACAGCUUAGUAGCCCCUUUACUCGAAUUGCUGUUUCAAGUAUGCCACGUCUCUUUAGGGCUGAAACCGUAUUGCAGACAUAACGAAUACGAAAUCGUGAUGGGCUGGUUGAGUCGAGAGGAGCGCAGAGGGUACCACGUUGGCCAAUUUUGGUACUUGGUUUCAUCCGAGUGGUGGCAAAAGUGGCACGACUAUACCACAGCUCAAAGGACGAAUAUGGAUCAUUGUCAGUGCCGUACUGAGCCAAGAGGCAUGAUUGAGGAGGGUAUUGUUUGCGAUGAGAGUUUGGUCAGCAAUACUACCGAUUAUACUUCUCACAGUAACGAGUUUAAUUCAAACAGUAUGGAAUCUAUGGGGGAUUUGUUGAGUCGGGGAGACAGCUGUAGCAUAGCGUCAAGUUCCGGGGUAUCCAGCAGUUCAGGUACCGCAUCAAAAAGGGGAUUGUGCCCACCCGGUCCCAUCGACAAUAGCAAUUUAGUCGCAGAAAGUACACUUAAAGUGCCCACUUUAACGGGGGAAGGUGGCCGUUUAAAAAAGGAUACUCCGUUAGUUCAGCACAGAGACUUUGAACUUAUUCCAGAUUCUUUAUGGAAAGCAUUAUCGAUGUGGUACGGAGGGCCGCUACCUUUACCACGUCAGGUGAUCAAACCUCCAGGUAGCUCGGAGGUGGAGUUAGAGCUGUAUCCGCUCAAUUUGAGAAUAUUGAGGCACCAAAUACAGCAACCGAUUAGUAAUGCUUCGACUUGGAGCAGUGUUGUUGGAGGAUAUGGAACUCUGACUACGGCUGGUCUACCACCGUCCUCCCCGGUAACGUCGAUACGUCGCAGUUUGGCACACGUGGCCGCGUUUUCUCGCCUCGCCACUGUCCAACAAGUUGCCGAUUUUUUGACCGAACAUUUGGGCAUUAAAAGCGAUGACGCGCGGCUUUGGCUGUUCAGGGAUCAUCAGCAGCCGUUUCUUUUAGAGGACGAGAGAGCUCAUUUACAGGACUUGGGAAUCAAGGAUGCCGAUCAAAUACUCUUAGAAGUGCGAAAUAAAGAUUUAACAUGGCCGGAAGAGUUGGGCCAAUUAGCGGCAGGUAGUAACAACGAGACGGCCUUAGCAGAAAGGCGACCAACCAUAUAUUUGCCACCAGGCGCAACGGGUUUGCAUAACUUGGGAAACACGUGUUUCAUGAAUGCCGCCGUACAAGCCGUCUCUAACACUAGACCCUUAACGCAGUAUUUUCAAUUGGACAGUCAACUUUCGGAGCUCAACUCAAAUAAUCCGGACAGUACUAAAGGGACGGUGGCCAAAAAAUAUGCUGAGCUUUGCAGGGAAUUAUGGGCUGGUAGUACCAGGAGCGUUGCCCCGCUUAAAUUACGGUACUGCGUCACGAAAUAUGCUCAGCAUUUGAGUGGAGGAGGUCAGCAUGAUGCACAGGAAUUGCUUGCUUGGUUGCUGGACGCCCUUCACGAAGACCUCAACAGGGUACCUAAAAAGCAAUAUAUUGAACAGAAAGAUAGCGAUGGUCGACCUGAUGAGGUUGUAGCAGACGAAGCUUGGCAGUACCAUAUGAAAAGGGAAAAUUCAAUUGUGACCGAUUUGUUUCACGGGCAACUUAAAAGCAAGGUGACGUGUCAAACGUGCGGCCACGAAUCCGUGAAAUUCGACCCGUUCAACCACCUCAGUUUACCAUUACCGAUGGAAAGCUAUACUUUAUGUGAAGUGAUCGUGGUCCGAUUGAACGGUGAGUGCCCGAUAAAAUACGGACUUAGACUGAACUCCGACGCGAAAUACGGCGAACUGAAGGAAAAACUACGCGAAUUAUGCGACAUUGAGGAUAAACGGUUGCUACUAGCCGAAGUUGCCAGUUGUCAGGUAAGAUCGUUACUGCCAGACGAAACAAAAAUAAAUCCUUCCACUGCUCAAGAGCUAUAUGCCUAUGAAUUGCCACCCGAUUUCCCUGCUAUUGAUCAUGAAAAUAAUCGAGACGAAUGUGAAGGAGGUGAUGUCGAGACAGAAGCGUCUACAGGCGCGACCGACAGCCCCCUCGCUCGCAGUCCAGAGGUAAGGAGUGGUUCGGCCAUUUGCAUGCCCAACAUUCUAUGCUUUAAGAAAAAGGAACCAACUCUAAACAGAUCUGUACCCCUAAGAAGCUCCCGGAUAUCAUUAAAUUCCACAUCAUCAAGCAGCGGCGCUUUUGAUGCUUCGAAUUUGAAAAAGCCCCCUUCUUACCUCAUAGCGGUACACCGAAAAUGCGUACGUCAAGACACGUAUUUCUUAUCGCAGCAAAAAAGUAAACCGAGCCUGUUCGGAAUGCCGCUUUUGCUCGGUUGUUGUUCCAGUAGCACGUGUCGAGAUCUGUACGAUUUGGUGUGGGGUCAAGUAACGAGGCUUCUGAGUCCGUUGCCGCAGAGUGACCAAACCAACCAUGCAACAGAUUGUGAUGAUUCGUUGGGCUAUGAGUUUCCCUUCACUCUAAAAGCUGUGCUGGCCGGUGGUCAAAUCUGCGCCAUUUGUCAUUGGACCAAGUUUUGUAGAGGUUGCCCUCUCCCGUGCACCGACGAGCCUUUACUGCAUAAGGUGGGUGGACCUACCAAUGCACAGGCCAUGCAUAUCGCUAUCGACUGGGAUCCGACCGCUUUGCAUUUAAGAUAUCAAAGUAGUAGAGAAAAGCUUAUCAAAGAAGACGAUUCAGUAGGUAGGUGUAGAAGGUUACAUACUGAACCCAUAGAUCUAGAUUAUUGCCUAAAGGCGUUCACUUCCGAGGAAAAAUUACAAGAAAAAUACCACUGUAGCAGGUGCAACGAUAAACAACCAGCUACCAAAAAGUUACAGAUAUGGAGGUUACCACCCAUAUUGAUUAUCCACUUAAAACGUUUCGAUUGCGUCAACAACAAAUGGGUCAAGACACAAAAAGUGGUAAAUUUCCCUUUUAAAGACUUCGAUCCGACCGCGUACCUCGCUUCCGUACCUCAAGAAACGAUCCUCAGGCACCGGCAGCUAUUGCAAGAAAAACGAAGAAAAGAGGAAGAAGAGGAGGAAGAAGGUCGGCAUGAUAACAGUAAUAAAAUCUUGGAGGACUUGAGCGAAACUUCCUUAUCGAGCACUAGAAGUAGCAUUCAGGAGAACGCAAACCUUUUAAGCUCGAGCAAAGAUGAUAGGAGCAAGCAACAAUGUGAUAAAUUAAUUAGUAGUAAUAGCGUUAAACAGACUGAUGUGAAUAUAGUUAUUGAUAAGCAAUAUGAAGGAAGCAAUAAUGCAAAAGAGUGCAACGGCGAACAGUGCAACUUGUUGGCUUGCGGAAAAGAAAGCAAUGAAAGCUGCACUAACAGUGGAAAAGACGAGGUAGACAGGGUAACAACAAUAAAACAAAGGCCAGAAAGGAUAAACAAAGCAAGAUCAAGGCUCAUAUCAACUAGCUUGAUCAAAACACCCAUCCUUGACGAAAACCUUAAGGAUUAUCACGAGCACAAACUGAUUGAGGGUCAAGAUCCUUUCGAUCUUAAAUAUCAGUUAUAUGCCGUUGUGAGUCACUCUGGUCUCUUAAAUGGGGGCCAUUAUAUUUCCUACGCUUGCAACCCAAAUGGAAACUGGUACUGUUACAAUGAUAGUUCAUGUAGGGAGGUGAUGGCUGAACCAGAUCCAGUGUCUAGGUCCAGUUUGUCCAUAAGUAGUAAGGGAUCAUCCUCAGGUUGCACCCCUUUAGGCAGAAGAAAAAAUCCGCCUGGGAAUCAACAAAGAAAAGGCAGUACCGGUUCCACCGAUUCAGAACGUACAGCUCCUUUGGCAACAGUCGAUACAUCUAUAGGAUCUUCGACCAGCGUUUUAGACAGCGGAAACGCUUCCGAUAACGGUGAUCGUACGUCGACGAACGGACAGAAAACGACCAAUUCGCCCUGUCCGGGCAGAAUUUCUAACAGUGGAAGCACGACUAGUAUGAAUAGUGGUGCCGCUAAUGGAUAUCGAUGUUCCUACAACAAUGCGAAGAUCCCUCGUAUAGACACAAGUUCGGCCUACAUAUUGUUUUACGAACGAUCCGGUCUGGAAUAUAAACCGUACCUGCCGAGAAUGGUGCCAUCUAGUGAUAAUAAUCAGUCCGGGACAGACGACCUGGACGAAUGCGAGAACGAGCUACGUAAGCAGAAUUGUUCAAUACAAUAAUGUGUUAAUUUAUUGUGAAAACUCGAGAUCGUUACCGGAGCGAUCUCCAGUCCUAAAAUGGAUCCGGGAUAAAUUCACCACAUAACAACUCAUAAGGCUCCCCAAGCAGUUGAAUUUGUUUCAUACAGACUGAUUUGUUUAUUAAAGUAGUAAGGCUUUAAAGGCAUUUAAAAAGUAUGAGAUAAUAUUAAAUAUUAAAAGGUCAUUUUAACUAGGAAGUGACAAUAAAUUAAAACGCACUUUCCUCUACUGUGGAAUCUUUUUGCGAUCUGUAUUUACCUUAUUGAAAUUAAUUUACGAAAUUAUUUUAAUUAGGUAGAUGUUAAUUUGUUUUAUAUGAAUGUUAAUAAGGAAAGAAAAUUACCAAGAAACGUAUUUGUUACUUUUUCAGCUUUUCCGUAUGUUAUAUAUAAAAAAAUAAAAUGGGUUAUUAAGUUAGAAAAAUGUGGAACUCGCAGUUCUGAAAUGUUCAACGUUGUUGUAUUUUUAGAUCUUGUUAAAUUUACGUAAAGGCUUAAGGCGGUCUAACGUGAGGCAAUUAUGGACAAAAAACUCUGUGUCUAUUUGCAGCAUGCGAUUUGGAGCAAACGCUACAGAAUACGACCUACUAUCUCUAAUUACUACCGACUUACUAUCUCUAAUUUCGUCAAAUGUUUAAACUAAUUUAUUGUAUUCCGAGAUGUUAUUGAAAACGGUUGAUUUUUGUCAUUGAAAAAGACAAAAAAAGCAAGAUAUAGUGUAGAGUUGUAGGUGAAUUCUCAUGAAAAUCGAGAUUCCAGUUUUAAAAAACUUAUUGCUGGUGACAGAACCUAUUCAGACAUUUUAUACGCAUGAGUAAAGAUUUUGAUAAUUUCUUAAUUCUGUAGCUCUUAUAAGUUCGCAGAAGCAGUGAAAUUGAAAUCCUAUUUUUUGCAAUUUAUCGAUCUUCGCAAUAUUUCGCUAAUGUAUCUUUUUUGACGUCAUACGUCAUUCUAUGGUUGCCUGGGUAAGAGUACCGUCACUCAAAGCUAUGUAACUUGUGAACUAAUGUAUGGACUGUUAUAAGAAAAAAUUCAUCUAAGAGAUUGCACGCGACGGAAGAAAAAGGACAUAAAGCCUCGGGAUUUAUUGACCAAUGUGUUAUUUACUAUUUACUAUUCAAGGAGAUAAUGGUAUGUGAAUCUUCAAAGAUUCCCUAAAAGACCUGCAAAAAGUGCGAAGACUGUUAGAGAGGAGUUUAAAGGCGGCAUAAUUAUUCUUGGCAGGAUAAUUACCUUUGGAAUUGGUAAUACUUUUAAAAAUACGAGAAUAAAUUUAAAAAUCGAGAACAUGAUUAGAAGUGAGAACUUAGAACUAAGGAUUCGGUUUAAAUUAUGUUUUUAAGUUGAAUCGGUGAGUUCGAUAACCAUACAUGUCCAAAAUCCGCGUUUCGAGAAAAUCGAUAAAAACCUUUUAAAGCUAAAACUACUUAGCAUAGACUAUCGGCAUGCAUAGAAAAGUUGUAGAUCUCAUGGUUGGCAAUGUGUUUUUAAGGGUAGUUUUUCAGAAAAAAAAUUACCUACCAAUGACAGAUCAAAAGGGGGACGGACUUGUACGGUUUUUGAACUCAAUUCUAUAUAUAAAAAGAUAUAGGUAAACAUUUAUUGAUUUUUUAUAUAUUUAUUCAAUACAGAGGAAAAAUGCAACUUGAAAACUAAUAGCUCAAUCAUUUUAAUUAUCAUUUUCAGCUUUUGUAGUUUUCCAUGAAGUGAUGUGGUAAUAAAAUUCCAAUGCUUCACCUUGGGUAUAAGUCAUUACCUUCUUGAUGUCCAGAAUUUUUUUUUCAAUAAUCGGAACAGGUUCUUUAUAUGCCUUAUUAUUGGGCAGAGGUGGGCUGUUCUUAUGUUCUUUGAGCAAUUUAAAAGUUUGGGAGUGUAAAUUAUCUAUAUAUUCCCACGUUUUAACAUAUCCUGGAUUUGAACUUUCAUACAGGAACUGCCUAUAGUUUGACACAGCAACCGUUUCCUUCUUAGCACCGGUACCUCGAGUACUACAUGUUUUUUUAUAGUAAUCAGGCCACCAGUUCUUAAAAUUAGUAAUAUCAGUGUAUCGGAUCUGCUUCACAGUAAAUGGCUGCUUGUUCCUGGAGGUCAAUAUUAAGUUCUCAUAUUCUUCUGGAAUAUAAAUUUGAUCAUGUUUUUUAAAAUUCCGUUUUGCACAGCCAAAAUUCCGGUCACACGGCAAAAACGAAUGGCCUUUUACUGGAAAAUAAUUUUGUUAAAUCUCUUGGUUGCCUGUAAUUCUAAGAGGAAACGAACCAUUGUUUGGUUUCGGUUCUGCCCUGCACAUCCAUCGGAAAAUAAAUGCAGUUCAGUGAUUUCAGGGGGUAUAUGUUUCAUUAUGUAAUCAUUAAGAAAUGAGACACUUCAUUAGGUCCAUUUUGACCUUGACCUUCAUGGUAAGUAUAAAAAUGGCAAGUAUUAUCCCUAAGGUUGUGUAUUUGGAAUGCGAAUACCCAGAGCUGCCUAAAAUAAAAUAUUUCCUGGACCGGAAUAUGCGGGAGUGGCAUGUUUUGCAUAUAAUCAAAGGCUAGUCCCAUCACUUCUGGUCGUUCAGUACAAAGGGUUUGCACUUCUUUAAUUUUGUUAUAAAACUUUUUCGCCCGCCUUUUAUGAACUAUUAGUUCAGCUGCAACCACUCUCUUUGCGUUAUCGUUAAGAUUAACAUCUUUAAGCCUCGUUCCAUGUCUUUCGCAUUCCGAACAUACAUCAACCUGGGGUCUUCCGAACUUCAAAUUGAAGUUUUCGUUGAAAUACUUUAAAUAGAAUUCGUAUUUAACUAAGUUUUCCAACUCUGGAUAUUUUUCGACAAAAAGGCUAUGCAUUUUCUUUACAGUCAAAGAUGCAUCUAAAUAACGUACGGUUUUGGAGGAAUAAUGUGAAACUUUGACCGGAAACGCCUGAAUAUGCUCUUUAAUUUUUUGAGUACAUCGCAUAAUGUACGAGGUCUAUUAUUAUGCCUACCUCUAAGAUCGUUUGGUGAUUUACCUGCCAAAAGUAGGGUGUUCAGACGCUGAACUUGCCAGUGCGAUAUGACUUAAUAAAUGCCUGUUUGCCUACGUUCUAUUUGAGCCUUUUAAGACAAAGUACGAAAAGUUUGAUUUUCUUUCUUGUUUGUUUUCCGCACUUUUCACGCGAUUUCUCUCGAUUUGUUUAGUUUCCAUUAGUCCUUGGAAAUAAGUAUCUUGUUCAUUUUUUGUCGUACGACUGAGUAGAUUAGUUAACACACUUUUUCUUUCUUCCUCAGUAAACUGUUCCAUGCAUUUCUUUGUACAACUAAAAAAUAAAACAGCUAUUUCCUCUAACGAACUGCUUCAUUUUACAAGUCCCUGUAAAUGGGAUCAUCUGUUGAUCUACAGCAACCACUUUCUCUCUCGGUAGCUGCAAACACCCCUGCCAUACUGCUUUUAUAAUAGGACUUACUUUCCAAAAUUUGUCAGACCUGCGUACCUCUUCAGCGAUGCUGCCAUCAAUUGACUUAAAAUGACGAUUUUAAGGUUACUUCUUAUAGCAAAAGAUCUAUAUCGAGUCAUUGUAUCUGCAAUAGCUGAAACUUUAGUGGUUUUUGCCCAGUACAUUUUGAUUUUGGGAUAUUUUAGACAGGACAUCAAACAAACUGUUACUAUUAAGAGUCAAUUUAAGAGAUACUCUUUUAAGUUCAACGUACCUUGCAUUUGUGCAAUCACACACUUUUUGGAAUAACUCAUCUUCAAAGUACAUGACUAAAUACGAUUUUGCAGUCCAAUCAUAACAGAGCUCUGCGCUGCAUUCACUAGAGGGCCUUCAAAAUUUGGAGGUGCAAAAGUAUCAUCUCUUCUCCAAGACUUUCGCUUUAAAGGAUCUACAGAUUGCUUGGCCAUUUUUAAGUUUUCUCUCAGGACACUAAGAAGAAUUCUAUCUUCUUCCUCCUCACUGCUGCUUACUACUUCUUAAUUAAUUAUUUCUUCUUCUCUCCCCAUUAAAUUAUCCAUAGUUGAAUUUCUUCAAUAGUGAAUUUCUUCUUCAUUAUCACACAUUUCAAUGUCAGAGUCAUCAUUUCCAAUGAUUUUUAGUAUUUGCUCCAAUUUUUCGUCAUCUUCCCCUGGCCGAAGCACUCUUUGAUUGCCAAAAAUUCCUAAAAUAACUUUAAAGAGUUAAUUUAAAAUGUGCAUGAGAUAGACCCAAUGUUCAUUUAAAUGGACACGAAUAACUUAUGGUAAUACAAAACGUAUUUAAUUUUUUUAUUAUUGUAAUGUUAUUUAAAUUUGUCUAUUAAACAUUUGCAAAUAAAAACUUUCACAAAAAUCAUUACAAAACGUUAAAAAAUAGGCUACAUACCAUCAUAACGAGAACCACGUGCAGCCGCCAUCACAACAGAAAACAAACAACUGAUUCCCAGCACAUGUGCACAAUUAAAGUCGACUGAAUCGGACUGAGCGGCAGCACCGAAGUGUCCAACGUAGUGGAUGCGAGGUCUAAGCUGCUUAAAUAAUAAAUUAACGAAACUGGAAACAUAAAACUGGCAUGUCCAUUUAAACGGACGCUAGAUCCCAGGAGGAUAAUAUGAAAAGAUCAUUUUUCAUGCACUAAAAACUCCUUGUGCGUGGCUAGAGGCCUCGCACCAUUAUGUAUUUCUGUAGAUUACAACUUCUUUGUUUAAUUGAAUACAGCUGAGAACUUCUUAAUGAUGCGAGGCCUCUGGACACGCAUAAUGUGUCGUUUAGUACAAAUUUAAAAUAAAAUUCUUGAGAAUUAACAAAUUUGUACUAAUCAUUAAGAAUUUGUGAACUGCAGAAAAGCAUGAUGUAAUAUAAUUAGACCUACAUAACGUUUAUCUUAAACCUUGUUAUUUCCUAAUUUCCCCGCAGCCUAUGUUAAAGUUGACACCUACUUACUUCAAAAACAUGGUCCUCACCUGUUGACAUACUUUCUUUUGGCACGUCUGCCUUUAGAAGGAACGAGAGUGAAACAAAAUGCACCCACGGCUCGGUUCUACCAGAUCCGGACUGUUUUCUAUGCCGAUGUAACUUAUUCGCAGACUUUUUCCUUCAAAUCCGUGGCCGAGAAUUAAUAUUUUUUUAGAUAGUUCUUUAAACUUUAUUUUCUCUAGAUUCCAAACCAUCUAAGUCAUCAGCAACUAAGUCUAGAGUAACUUGAAGAGGGAAUGUAAUGAUUAUUAUCGCGCGACUUUUGAAAUAAAUAGAGCAACUGCAGCAUGUGAAUUAAUUGCCUCAAUGUAAGGCCACCUUUAGACUUUAUGUGAAUCUUUUAUAAAAAUCUUUUUGUUAUUUUACUCCUUAAAUCUUUAUUGUUAUAUUAUGUAUAUUUAAUUUCUAUGUGCCGAAAAGAUAGUUUUAAAAAAAUCUAGUUUCUAUUAGUUAUUUAUUUUUAGUAUUAUUCAGCGUAAGAAAGGUUUGGUUUUUAUUGAAAAAUGUUUUAUUUAAUUUAGCUGUUAUGUAUCGUAGAUACAUCAUUUUUUUAAAUGUAGAAUACGCGUAUUUUAAUUUACUCCGAAGGAGAAUAAAGAACGUCAUUCUAAGCAUUUGUUUUUGCCUAAAUUAAGAAACCAAAGAUAUUGUGCGAUUUUGUUUAAUUGAGAAAAAAUUAAUACUAUUUUAACCUUGUAUAUGGUUAUGAAACCCAUUUGAAAAUAUUCCACCUAGUCUGAUAUUCUUAUAAUCUAAUAUGUAAGAUAUUUUAUUUUCACAUGCUGAUGUAUAGAACAUCCUAAUUAAGUAAUGUUAUUGUAAUAUUAUUAUGGUGCCAUUAUAUUAUGAAUAAAGCUUGUAUAUUGUUUAA